UUUAUCCAAGAAGUUGUUUGGAAUAUAUGGACAUUUUGCUUUUGGUAAACAAGACUCUCCUAUUUCAAAGCCAACUUCUACAAAUUUCAAGUAUAUGUAGGUCAACAAAGAUUAAACGUCAAAACAGAAUUCCGUUUCUAGAACUGCUAAAUAUAAAUUUGAUAACAAUUGGUCUUUCCGCCUAUAGGUAUUAAAUCUCCUUUGAAAGUGUUUGAUUGACACCUGUUACCUGCCAUAUAUACCUGGCCAGGUAAACGAUUGGAUAAAUUGUGCUCCUUGAUCAAUUACUUGAUGUUACAUUUUCCUAGUGCUGUUUAAUAUUAACCAUAAUGCCGCCUACUGCUGAAUCUGUGCUACUGCAAAGAAGACCUGUGUCAGGGCAGAAUAGGAUAACCUCACAGUUUCUGCCCCAUGCCCCCCCUUCAGACCGUCCCUCAAGCUCUCGUUACAGCCGGUGUGUGAUGAGAGAUACAGUAAAAAUGCGUAUGAAGAUGACUGAAGACUCAGAGGGAGAACUUGUUAAUGGUUCUGAUUCGGAUGUGAGAUUCCAGUUCUUCUACAAAGAACCCUGUCUUUACAGCCACCAGACAUACAAUAAUGCCAGCAAAAUUUUCUCAGCUCUGAGACAUGAGAGUCUGGAGGAAAGAGAGAAUCCAUACCUCAAAAAGAGGAAUAAGGCUGCUCUAUCAGAGAGAGAUAUACCCCAACUUUACUUCUCUAAUGACCAGGAUAAAAGACUGGCCUUUGAACUGGCAUUUUCCACCCUCAAAUAUCAGCUAUUGUUUGAAGAGAUACUCCAGGACUGCGCUUUCUUCUCUACCUUUCCAGAGUUUGUUGAGGACAGUGGCCUUGUGAUGGUGAUGCUGUGUGAUUUUCAAGGUCGAAAGUUUCAACAGAGAACCCCCCUUCCUGGAGAAACAACCCUUCCUGACCUCCUAGAGAUAGAACAGGCCAUUCUGGAAUGUAAGACCCACCUAAAUGCUGCUCUGGCCCGACACAGAAUUAAGGCCGAGGCCCCCUCUUUGGACCAUCUUCUCCCAGACACAGUGAGGAGCAAAGAGGAGCUAAGAAGCACAAUGCCAGUGUAUGGCUGGGUCAACCACAGAAGGUCAAAUAUGUCUGAGGUGCUAGAUGCCUUAAAGGAUGAUCACUACAGAUUAGUGAGUUCUGAUGAUGCUUUGGAAGGGAAGAUGUUCUGCGUGGACUCCUUGUGUCAUGAUGUAUUGAUGUUCUCUCCAGAGUGUGUCAAUGACCUGGUCCAGAAUUACCUUGUUACAACAGGAAAGUUAGUCCUGCAGGAUAAGUCUAGCAGUAUUGCCCCCCAUUCUGUGAAGUACUUGGUUGGGGAGGAUGCGGACAUCAUUCAUGUCAAUGUUGGAUCUGGAAUGACCACUGCUCACAUUGCCAGUCUGUUAGAGGCAGACAACCAUAGCCAUAUCUGGGCAUUUGGUGCUAAAAAUCCCACAGAAGUCAGGGACAACAUGGAGAAACUUGGGGUUAAAGGUGUUAAAGUAAUGACGGAGAACUUCCUGGAUAUAGAACCUGAUGAUAACAGAUUUAAGAAUGCUAAAGUCAUUCUCAUCACUGCAGACUGCAGUAAAUCAGGCAUUGCCAAUCCAAUAGACUUUAUUGUCAAUGAGGGCGAAGAUAUGAAAAUUUUGAAAGAUUUAUCUAUUGGAGAUACAGGCCUAAGCAAACUUGGAGAUCUGACAGCGAAACAUACAGAGCUUCUAAAACAUGCCCUAAAAUUUUCAAAAGUACAAGCUGUAGUGUACACCACCCGCUCCAUUCAUGAUGUUGAGAAUGAAAAUGUUGUAUCAAAGGCUGUGGAGUAUAUUAAUUUGGUACAGCAAAGAAAGUACCCAUACAGAGUCGUUCCCCCUGUCAUUCCUUUCUCUAGUGAGGCCAUAGACAAUAAAAUAGGAAUUCAUGGGAAGUUUAUCAAAUUUCGACCUACAGAAAAAACAAGUGGCUGCUUCAUUGCUGUUGUAACCAGAGAGCCUGAAGACUCUAAGGAAGCAGCCAAAGAUGUUCUUGCCAGAGCUCAAGCUAAAGGACUACUAAGUGGUAAGAAACGAAACAAGACGCAAGUGAUAGAGGGCGACCAUGAGAAUGGGGAGGCUAGUAACCUUGUUAACGGACAUACAAAGUCAGAGAAGCUUCUGACAAGGCGCUCCAGGAGAUCAGAACAGAAGCUGCCCCCUCGUAGUGCUAUAUCUGCCCCUCAUGCUACAAGUCCUGUCCGCAGUUACAUACACUCCCCUCUCCAGGCUCGCCGCAGCUUGCCCCGCCCCAGCGGGAUUGCCGUGGGGACACGACUUUAUAAGGAUGCCUCCAAAAGAGAAUCAUCAGUGAGGAGAGAUAAAGUGCUUGUAGCAGAGCACCUGAAAAUCGUCAAACAUCCAGCCCCAUUCAGCCAAAAGUAACAAGCAUGGUCAGUCGUAAAAAGCACAAGAAGUCUAAGAAGACCAGGUAAGCUUUGUAGCCCACAGGAAAACCCUGACCUUGCAUGAUCCUAUCCAGAC